AUGGCUUCAUCCAAUCAACCAGAACUUUAUGUUCAACCAGCAACAGCUACAGGAAACCAAUAUUUUCUUAUUACUAUAACAAAUUAUCCGAAUCUGUUGCAGCGCACACAACAUUAUCAACAGUCACCGAAUCAGCAAUGGCAACAACGGUUGCGAGGUGGUAUGUUGGUACCAAAUAUACCAAUUCAUUUUGGAUUAGCUCAUACAGAAGAACAUGAAACAAUAUUAUAUAAUACAUUACGAUUCGAAUUAGAAGAAUCUAUUCGAGCAUACCUUCAACGAACUCGACGAUUAUAUCCUAUUAAUUUGGUUUUCGAUUUAUCGAACAUCGAACAACAGCGACGAUAG